AUCAACCAAUAUUACUACGCUAUUGAACUAAUUUCUCAUUUUACAUAGGAAUUUUCCUUAUUUUCCAAUCAAAUCACGCUUAAUUUUUGAGCCAUCUAUACCAUCUUCAGUAUUUCCAUCGAUAAAAGUGCCGCAUAUCAAAGUGCAUUGAACGGAGGUGCAUUGUUUACAUGUGACGUUGUGAAAGGGCCUUGCAAGUUCGCCAUAUUUAAACAAUAUGGAUGUUCGACGACCCGAUGCAACAUGAAAAUGACUUUUAAAAAGCCAUUAGGUUGAAAGAGGUAGCUGAUGAUCAUGUCUGACCCAGAGGCCCCGCCCCAUUAUGAGGACCAAUCAGAACACAGCGAUGAGGAGGAAGAGCCAGCACAGAGCAGUGAGAGUUCCGACUGCGAGAGUGAGGCCGAGGAUUCGGGGUGUGAGGCCAAUGGGGGAGAAGGUCAGCUGACCCUGAUGGAUGACCCUGAGUCCAUCCUUAUCCAGCAGCCACCCCUGGGGGAGGAAGAUGAGGGGGAAGAUGAUGAUACAGGGAUCAGCACUCAGGCAGAUGAUGAGACCGAGUACGAGGGGGAGGGCCAGACCCCCCACAACCAGACCCCCAUAGACAUCGAAAAGAAACAAGAACAGGAUAAAAAGAUUGUCAAGAAAAAGAAGAAAAAGAAAAAGAUAUACUACAUCUGUUUGACAAACUGCAAGUAUGAUGUGGUGCGUCGGGUCUCACGUAAGUUUGGUUUUAAGGAGGUUUCAGAUGAUGAAGACUGGACUUUAUACUGGACAGACUAUUCAGUGGCUCUGGAACGGGUCAUGGAAAUGAAGAAAUACCAGAAAAUAAAUCACUUCCCCGGGAUGAGUGAAAUAUGUCGGAAAGAUCUGCUGGCCAGAAACCUGAAUCGCAUGGGCAAGAUGUUCCCUAAAGAGUACAAUAUCUUCCCCAAAACUUGGUGCCUUCCUGCUGAUUAUGGAGACUUUUUAGCUUAUACUAGACAGAAAAAGAACAAGACGUACAUCCUGAAACCGGAGACGGGUUGUCAGGGGAGAGGAAUCUGGGUGACACGAAACCCCAAAGAAAUCAAACCUCACGAACACAUGAUCUGUCAACAGUACAUGUCAAGGCCUUUUCUGAUAGAUGGGUUUAAGUUUGACUUGAGGAUUUAUACACUAGUGACCUCUUGUGAUCCACUGAGGAUAUUUUUGUUCAAGGACGGGUUGGCAAGGUUUGCCACCAAUAAAUACAUUGAACCCACACAUAACAAUGUGGACAAUGUAUUUAUGCAUUUAACAAAUUAUGCAAUAAACAAACAUAGUGAAGAUUUUAUACGAGACGAUGAAGCCGGGAGUAAAAGGAGAAUUAGUACAAUAAACAAAUAUCUCAGGGACAAAGGUUAUGAUGUGGACAAAAUGUGGGCAGACAUUGAUGAUGUCAUCAUUAAAACAUUGAUCUCGGCUCAUUCAGUCCUCAAACACAACUACCGCACAUGUUUCCCCAAUCACGUCAAAGGCAGUGCCUGUUUUGAGAUCUUGGGAUUUGAUGUUCUUCUUGAUCGUAAACUCAGACCUCAAGUGUUAGAGGUGAAUCACUCCCCCAGUUUCAACACUGACUCUGAGCUGGACAGAGAAAUUAAAGGUGCUCUAGUGUGGGACUCUCUUAACUUAGUCAAUUUUGGUGCUUGUGACAGAAGAAAAUGUAUAGAGGAAGAAAAAAGAAGGAUAAAAGACAGACUGCUGGGGAGGGGGGUCAAAAAGGAGACUAGGGAGGAGUUAGAAAUUGCUCAAGCCCAGUACCAAGAGGUAUUGGAGAGAUACGAAAAUAAUCACAUGGGUAACUUCCGCCGUAUCUACCCCAAUCCAGGCUACGAAAAAUACGAGAAAUUCUUCCACAGCAGCGGCAGCCUAUUUCAAGAAACAGCAGCAUUUAAAGCCAGGAGUGAGAUGGCUAGACAACAAAGAGAUGAAAUAGCUCGCAAAAAAGAGAAGCUUGAAUCAAUGUUGAAAGGGAAAAAGAAUUCAUCAACAGGACUACGACCAGAGAGCCCAGGCAGCAGACGAAGGAAAUCAGUUAAGCGCGCUCUUGUGCCAUCGCGAAGACUGACCAAUGCUCGGGGAAAUAUGGAGGUGUGUUUAAAAUUUCCAUUGGUUAAUCGACCCGAUUCGCAGAUAUUGGGCUGUGAAUCAAGCAGUCAGCUGUGUGAUGACCCGAUUGACACAACCAAACCCAUGGACAUCCUAGAGGAGGAGGAACUGGAGCGCAUUUCAGGGCUCCUCCAGCGGGACAAUCUGGUCAGGGGGCUCGGGAUUGUGGAACAUGUGUACCGUCUGCUGCACUGUACCCCAGGGACCAUGGGGGUACUCAAGACUGACGCCCGGUCACUACCCCCUCCACUGGUACACAUUCAAACGAAUUCCAUAGUGACUAGGCCGGGCUCCCAGGAUCAACAGAGAUGGCUGUUUUCUAACCGUCCAACCGAAUCCUGCCUCGCUGGAAGGCCCGCCCCCAUUAGAAUUAAAGACAGACAGUAUUACAAAAAACUUUUGGAUAGAUAUUUCGGACAUAAUCAUGCCUUGGCCAAUGAGAGCCUUGGUAAAACAGACAGAAAAAUAACUAGACAAACUGCACAGACUCAAAUGAGAUGUGCCAAUGGGUAUCAGGGUGGCAUGUUCUGUCCCACGCGAGAUGACCGACAGUUCCCCCAUGUUAGAUUGUCUUAUAGUACAAGUGAUAGGAAGGUGGUGCUAACGCACCAAGCGGGCCCGCCCGAUGACUCCGAGGCAGAGGAACUUUUUGAACUGGAGAGUGGUCGUGUCUCCGAGCUAACACAUCGAAGUCUUCAUAGCCUUAACCCUCUAUACAACAGCACCCCUUCCCUGCAUGCCGCUUUUAGUCAAGCCACUGCACUUCACCCCAUCACUCACCUCACUUCCUCCACCUCCAAAAUCCCCCUCCCAAUUAACGGGGAACCCGCUCCUCCCAAUCCUCUGGCCAACCCCCCACUGAAAAACACCCUCAGUUAUACUCACCUUGAACCUUUCUCUCAAACUUCUGCUCCUUUGUACACUCAGCCAAGCUAUGGAUCUGGGCGUAGUACCUCCUCAUGGCAGACAAAGUCGGGCAGUCUGGGGAGCCUCAACGAGAAGACUGUGCCAUCAUACCAGGCAACUGAUGUUCAAAGACUUCAAAUAUGGCGUCUUGCAACCCCAAGAUGGAAAAAGAGGAGUAAAUUUGUGAGAAAGCCAUUAGGUGGAACGAACAGAGCUACAUCAACAACCAUUAUACAAGACUCAGAAUUCCGUAGCAACAUGGCUCAUCUAAUGGACACAGAGGCCGAGCGGAAUCGUCUGCUGGCGAGAAAUGGAUAUGGUCCAGACUGGCGAUCGGACGCCACGACUCCCAGCAGUCUACAGAAACGUACGCUCAGUGCACACGGACAGAGAAAAGAAGGUUGGCGGGCGUCACAGCCAACAAACCAAACAUUGUGGCAGUAUCAUUUAGAUCACAAUGAAACCGACUCAAAUAGCGCCAAAACUUGCGUCGAGCUUCCUCCGUCAGUAGUAAACCUGCCACGGGUCUCAUCCAAUAACGGUCCGCCGGGUUUAUCAGUGGUGUCGGCCCCUGCCCCGGUAAUGCAGCGACCCGAACUGGCUCGACCUGAUGCGAAGUCAUCAGGGACAUCAUCAGCCUUGAGCAGAGGGGGAUCUCAACAGUCCAUGCCACUGGAGGCACAAAUGGGAACAAGCACGCGAUCCACAAAAUCACAGAGGAUCCGGGGGGCAUCUAACAGCCUCCGAUUGAGACAGCUAGAAAUGCGGGAGAAUCAUGCCAUUGUGUUCAGCUGAGACUGUUUUAAUCGCAGCAAGUCUGAACUAAUGGUGAUUUCAUGUCAGGUUUGAUAACGAGACCAUGUGUGUCAUUGUGGGACGGCCUGUUCUUUGGACUCCAGGACACGGAAUGUUCGGACUGCCCUGAACAGAUUUCUGUCUUAACAUAAAGACCAACUGUGAUAAUAUCAUCCAUCCAUUUUAUUCACACAUUUUAACAGAUAUUGAAGCUCAUCUCAGCAUGUGAUAGGGUAUAUUUUAAAACUUUCAGAGAUUCUUUGACUUCUUUUUUUAUUGUGCAUUUUUUUUUUUUUUACUUAUAAUUCAUAAGCACAUGAUCAGAGAUUUUAUUUAUGUGUGAAAGUAACAUUUGUUAAAGCAACACUUUCUUUGAUUGUAAAUAAAUCCCUCAGUAAUGGCAUUGGAUGUGUGAAGCUGUGAUAAACUGAAAACAUUCCUGUUUGUGUUAAAAAUGAGUGAGAAAUGUGUCUGUUAUACAAAAGGAAAAAAAAAAAACACGUGUUAUUUUAUUUACAUUGUUUAUAUGAUGUAGUAUUAUUGACAUCUGCCAUCAAUUCUAUUUUAUUUUAUGUAUGUGUGCCAAACUCUUACUUGGUGAAAUAAGAAGUUAAAUUUUCUGUUGAUCAACAGAUAACUUAAUUUAUUUUCUGUUACUUGUAUUUUGUGGAGAGCAAAUGUGUGAAUGAUUUUCCUGAUAUUUAAGGUAGUUGACACUCUUCUCAAGGGAGGCAACUCUCAUUACAUUAUGGGUUAAGGAGUAGUGAACCGUUAGUGAUAAACAUCACAACAGCUGUAUUGCCCUUUGUGCAGCUUUAGAGCUAAGAUUUUAUUGAACAUCAGUUGGUAUUAAAUCAAAUUGGUCUUGCCAAACAUAUCAAUAGUAUUAAUGCUGAUGGUGUAUAGUUUGUGAAUUUGUAUAGGUUUGUUGUGUUUUAAUGGUCAUCUUAUUGACCCAAGUUUAUCUAUUUUUCAGUCGAUAUAAGAAUUCAAAUUUGUGAGAAGAAUAACUUGGGGUAAUAUUAUUAUUGCUGAAUAUUCCAUCCAUCCAUGAACUUAAAAGGUUAUUUUUGAAUAAUUUAUUAUUGAAAGGGAUGUGUCUUUUAAACUAAUACUUUGUAUCUUGAAGAUUUGAAGACAUUGAAUUAAUAAAUGAACUCAUUAUUGAUUUG